AUGCAUACAACAUCAAAUAUCAUUGAUGACGAUGAUUAUGAAACUUAUAACGAUGUUGAAGAUGACACCAUUGAUGAUAAUAAUAAUGAUGUAAAUGUAAUUGAUACUGAAGAUGAAGAUAAUACAA